AUGUCCAGGCAGUCCACCAUUACUUUCCAGACUGGCAGCCGCAGGGGCUUCAGUGCUGCCUCAGCCAGCACCCCGGCCUCAGGGUGCUCCCGCUUCAGCUCUCCCUCCAUUGCCCGCUCCGUAGUAGGCAGUGGAGGGCUGGGACGGGUCAGCAGUCCUGGGGUUGGCUUUGGAAGCCGCAGCCUCUAUAACCUGGGGGGGACCAAGCGGGUCUCCAUGGGUGGAUGUGGCAGCAGCUUCCGAAGUGGCUUUGGUGGCAGGGCAAGCAGUGGGUUUGGAGUCAGCAGUGGCUUUGGCUAUGGGGGUGGAGUUGGAGGGGGCUAUGGGGGCCCUGGCUUCCCUGUCUGCCCCCCUGGAGGCAUCCAAGGGGUCACCGUCAACCAGAGUCUCCUCACUCCUCUCAACCUGCAAAUCGACCCCACCAUCCAGAGGAUUCGGAAGGAGGAGCGGGAACAGAUCAAGACCCUCAACAACAAGUUUGCCUCNGUGCGAUUCCUGGAGCAGCAGAACAAGGUCCUGGAGACCAAGUGGAGCCUCCUGCAGGAGCAGGGCACCAAGACCGUGAGGCAGAACCUGGAACCCUUCUUUGACGCCUACCUCAGUGACCUCCGCCGGCAGCUGGACAGUGUCGCCACCGAGAGGGGCAGGCUGGACACUGAGCUGAGGAGCAUGCAGGACGUCGUAGAAGAUUUCAAAGUGAGGUAUGAGGAUGAAAUUAACAAGCGCACCGCUGCUGAGAAUGAGUUUGUGGCUCUGAAGAAGGACGUGGAUGCCGCCUACAUGAACAGGGUGGAGCUAGAGGCCAAGGUCAGCUGUCUGACUGACGAGAGCAACUUCUUACGGAUACUCUAUGAGGAAGAGCUGUCUCAGAUGCAGACCCAGGUCAGUGACACAUCUGUGGUCCUCUCCAUGGACAACAACCGCAGCCUGGACCUGGACAGCAUCAUCGCCGAGGUCAAAGCACAAUAUGAGGACAUCGCCAACCGCAGCCGGGCUGAGGCCGAGUCCUGGUACCAGACCAAGUACGAGGAGCUGCAGGUCACGGCAGGCAGACAUGGCGAUGAUCUCCGAAACACCAAACAAGAGAUCUCCGAGAUGAACCGGAUGAUCCAGAGGCUGAGAGCUGAGGUUGACAGUGUCAAGAAGCAGUGUUCCAGCCUACAAGCAACCAUCGCCGAUGCAGAACAGCGUGGAGAAAUGACCCUCAAGGAUGCACGGGCCAAGCUGGUGGACCUGGAGGGUGCCCUGCAGAAGGCCAAGCAGGACAUGGCCCGGCUCCUGCGUGAGUACCAGGAGCUCAUGAACGUCAAGUUGGCCCUGGACGUGGAGAUCGCCACCUACAGGAAGCUGCUGGAGGGCGAGGAGCACAGGCUGAGUGGAGAGGGUGUUUCUCCAGUCAACAUCUCUGUGGUCACCUCCACCAUUUCCAGUGGCUAUGGCGGUGGCAGCGGCAUUGGAAGUGGAAGUCUGGGUCUUGGUGGGGGCAGCAGUUACCCCUUCACCACCAGUGGAGGGCACAGCUUGGGUGCAGGCCUGGGGGGCUCUGGCUUUAGUACCUGUAGCAGCCGGGGCCUUGGGGGCAGUGGCUCCAGUGUCAAGUUUGUCUCCACUACGUCCUCCAACCGGAAGAGCUAUAAACACUAA